AUGCCUCAUCUGAGCUCGAGCUACGCCGUCGAUGAGUUCUUGACGUAUACGCUGGACUGGCGUUUGGUUGUUGAUAUUCAUUCCUGCUGCAACGCAUCACGAGCCGGUGCGGGUAUCAACAGCAAGCUCUGUAGGCUCGUUGAGCAGAGAAGAGAAGAUCUAGUCAAGCUUCAUGAGAAUUGGAUCUCUCUAGCCAAGCAUUCUCGAGAGAGGAACUACCAAAAGGCCGGCGACAGCUGGUCGUGCCGUAUGCGGAAGUACGUCGCUCCAGGAUUCCAGCGCCACCAAGGCUCUCCAGGCUCUGCCAUAGCCGCUGAGCUGUCGGCCGAAGUGCUCCUCGACAACGGCAAGGUACGGCAUGUAGUUGGGUUGGAGAGCGCGUUGAGCACGGUGUUCUUUGGUCCGUGUGGCUCCACAGAAAUGGCACAAGCUCCAAUCUUUAUGGGCAGCAUCACUGACCUGGUACUAAGCGGUCAUACUCGCCGGGCCACGCGCAUGUCUGCAUAUAUAGGACAUGCUGCAGCGAUCAAGUCUUUCGUCCUGAUCCACUCCCCAGAUGCUGUUGUCGAACCACACCGGAUCGCCAAAGGAAUCUUGUUGGGACCGAGCUUGGUGAACCACGGUCCGCUAUCGAUGGGGAGAUCGAUCUCUCGCAUGGGCGUGAACAAGUGCUUGUUACCCAUCUACGACGAUGCAGUAACUUUACUGCCCGAACUGGAGAAGGCUACCGGUAGCCUAUACCAAUUCGUCCGGAUACAAAAAGCGGAUGGGAAGUACGUCGGUGACUAUGAUAAUGAUGCAGAGCGACUCCGAACGAAUCUUUAUGCGGCCGACGGGCUUGGAUUGAAGAUACUGUUGGGGCUCGCGGGAAAAGAUCCGGCGGCCGCGUGGUCACCACAAAGCAAGCUGUGGUCAGCUUCUUGGGCACGAGUGAAGUCAAAAUUCGUCAAGCUCGGUCACCUUUGUAGACACGAGCUGAUUCACAGUUGCCGAAUGCCCCAGACGUCCUACACUGCGUUGUCAGCGACCGUCCCGUACAACCCAACCACUUGUAUGUACCCUCUGCACUCUCUUCUCGCCAAAUGCAAUCGUCUAAUGCCAGAAUGUCCAGUACUUCAAGCUCGAUUCUUCUUCUGCGCUCGUGCCGUGUAUUCACGCAAGCGACAAAUGCAAAUGGGUGAGCAAUUGCUGUUGACAGAUGAAUUGAAGCGGCGCGCAGAUGGCGAUCCAGUACUGCGCAUCGAUCCAGAUGAGGAGGACGUUGAAAUUGGCCUCGCGGCUGUAGCGCAAAACGUCAACUACGACAUCAAGAUUCAGAUCGCGAGGCUUGAUAUGCUCAUCAAGAUCCUGGCGCCAGCGAGAAGAACAUUAUGCGUAGUCCACGCACCGAUCGCCGCCCGUCAAGCGCCGCCCGCGUCACCAGAAAGCUCGACUCGAUGGUAUGUCGUGUGA